AUGUCGGUAGCUGAUGAGAUUGCUCACAAUGCCGAUGUUGUCCGAAGUCAAGUUGCGCAGGAACAAGCAGUCGGCAUUUCCGUCUUUGUGACACGCGAUGCGCCAGGCUUCACAUGCAUUGUCAAGCAGCGAUAUACCGAUUUCUUGGUCAACGAAGUUCUGCCCAACGGCGAAGUACUUCACCCACAGGAAUCCAAUGGUCAGGAGCGGAAGAGAAAACGAGCCGAAGAUGGCGAGGAAGCACAGAAAAAGGCCCGGACCGAGGAGGACGUGAAGGCGGAAGAUGUGAAGAUGGAGGAAGUGCCCGUCAAAAUUGAAGAGAUCAAGAAAGAGGUCAAGAAAGAAGAGACGUCAAGCGCGGACGAUGCUGCGGCAAAGGAGGCUGCAGUGUCCAGCAUAUCCGAUGCAGACAAAGCAGCGCUGAAUGAAGUAUUUGGCCAGCCAACCACCGACGCCAUUCUCAAUCUAUAUGCAUCCGUCCUCGCCCAUCCAACCCGGAAACCACGCGACCAUCCGUCAGUCCAGUCGGAGCCGAUUGCCGAAAAGUCGAAGCGCACCGACGCACAUCUUGUCGUCCGACGCAUCUUCAAUUCGAGGCUGGAGACACUGACGGUGCAGGACCAGGAGCGACAGUCCGGACCUCUGACCAAUAUUUCCAUUAAAGCGGCUGCCGUGAAUACUCCGCAGCAUGGAAACGGUGACACCCGACAGGCAAAGGCAAAGGCCGAGCCGCGUGGGAAGCAGGGCUGGGCGGAGUUGGGCGGAGACUAUCUUCAUUUCACUCUCUACAAGGAGAACAAGGAUACGAUGGAAGUGUUGUACUUUCUCGCUUCUCAGAUGAAGUUGCACGUCAAGAACUUUGGCUUUGCAGGUACCAAAGACCGUAGAGGUGUGACGGUGCAGCGUGUGUGUGCAUACCGUGUGAAGCAGGAGAGGAUGGAAUCGCUGAACCGCUUCGCUCGUGGCUGGCGCCUUGCCGGCCCGUGGGAGUACAAGCCGGAGGGUCUGGAGUUGGGAAUGCUGAGUGGCAACCAGUUCCUACUUACUCUCCGUGACGCUCAUUUCGAAGGAGAGCAGGCGGAUUGGAGUAUUCAGCGGAGGUUAGAGAACGCUAAGACAGCGGCAGAAGCUGCAGCUAAGAGCUUGACCACUCACGGCUACUUGAACUACUUUGGUCUGCAGAGGUUCGGCACCCACAGCACAGGCACCCACGCGGUUGGCAUGAAGAUGUUGAAGGAUGAUCUCAAGGGAGCGGUGGAGGCUAUUCUCGCGUAUGACGAGGCUCUGAUAGAGGAGAAUCAAGCUGCAGAGACUGGUGCGGAUUCCAACGGCGACAGCAACRGCAUACGAAGAAAGGUCCCACAAGAAGAUAUCCAACGCGCCACUGCGUUGCAUAACUUCCGAAAAGAUGGAAAUUCGACAAAAGCACUUUCUCUACUCCCCAAUAGAUUCUCCGCGGAACGUGGCAUGGUCACACAUCUUGGAAAGCGUGAUCGCCAGACAAACACCAGACCGAACGAKAAGGAUUGGAAGGGCGCUUUGGGAAUGAUUCAGAGGAACUUGAGACUGAUGUACGUCCAUGCCUAUCAGAGUUUUGUCUGGAACACUGUCGCCGGAAAGCGCUGGGAGACUCUAGGGAACAAAGUCGUAGAGGGUGAUCUUGUGGUGGUGGGCGAGAAGGAGCAGCAAGAGGGUGCUCCUGUCGCUGAUGGUAUCAAGAGGGAAGAAUUUGAUGAGGCCGGUGAACCGAUCAUUCAUCCAAAAGCCGCAGAUCCAUCAGGUGCCAGCUCAGCGCCAACAUCCGACGAUCCUUUCGUUCGUGCUCGACCUCUCAGCAAGWUCGAGGCCGAAAGCGGCCGCUAUACGAUCUUUGAUGUCGUACUUCCGCUCCCUGGCUUUGAUGUCAUCUACCCUUCCAACGAGAUUGGCAAAUUCUACGUAGACUUCAUGGCGUCCGAGGCUGGCGGAGGUCUGGACCCCUACAAAAUGCGUCGCUCCUGGAAGGAUAUUUCUCUUUCCGGCAGCUAUCGCAAGCUUAUGACCCGACCUCUUGGUGCCGUGGAGGCGGAAGUUCGGAGCUAUAGCGCCGUGGAGGAGCAGAUGGUGCAAACCGAUUUAGAGAAACUGGAUGGCAAGGCGCCGCCUUCAAAAAUCAGCAGCGAUAGCGAUGAUAAGAUUGCCGUGCUGUUGAAGCUCAAGCUCGCGAGUAGUCAGUACGCGACCAUGGCGUUGAGGGAGCUCACAAAGGGUGGUGCAGUGGGCUAUCGGCCGGAUUACUCGACGGCGAAUAAGUAG